UUAAUCCAUCCGGUUCGAUUUUGCAAACACUAGGCACCUCACCCACGACACCCUCUCUCUUCGCCCGCCCUACAGGUGAGCGAUUCAAAAAGUUUGGUCUCGUGCCCUUUCUCUUCUCCCCCAUUUUACAUCAGAGUCUGCACUGUUCGAUUCUCUCUCGCUGAGCUAGUCUAAUCUCACUAACACAACCAAAGUCUCACCCUCCCAUUGCCCCUUUCUACGACUGAAAAUUCAACUCUCCAUCUCUUUGUCAAUAUCUUCCAAACCCUAUUUUUAGUUUUCUAAAUCAACCUCUCUUCUCUCCAUCUCUUUCCAAUCUAGUCCAAGCCCUGUCUAUUCACCAUUUCUCUCUCUGCAAAAUUUCCAAAUUUAUCAAUUCUUCAUCUUUGAUGCCAACAUAAUGGGCCUUCUCACCUUAACCAUUGACAAAACUCUGCCCUCAAUGGCUCAACCACAGUUCAGAAGAGGCUAUUGGCUUCUCUGAUAGCUUAGUCAAUGUGGAGGCCCCUUUACUCAGGUGGUCACUAAAAUACUUUGCGAACCAGCAGGGUCCUAUGCCGUAUUUCUUGAUCGAAUGCGGCUUCCCUCUCCUCCUCCGCUUCCCUGCUUCCGCUCCCCUCUAGCCUCCUAUCUCUCUACCCUCUCUCCCCAACUCUCCUCCUCACUCUCUAAUCACCCACCCCACUCCGCUGAUGAUCACCAGCCCUCUCUCUCUGCUCUUUCAUCCCCUUCUCUCUCUAGCCUCGCCCACGCCUUCAUCGACCGUCCCGACGUCUCGGCGUGGAAUGCCCUCAUCGCCGACCUCGCGCGCAAUGGCGACUCCCUUGAGGCCCUGCACGCCUACACUGCAAUGCGCCGCACAAAAGUGCGACCAGACCGCUCCACCCUUCCCUGCGCCAUCAAGGCUGCGGCCAACCUCGCCAACCUGACCAUGGGCCUCGUCCUCCACCACCAUGCGUUGGUUUCAGGUCUCAUUUGUGACGCUUUUGUUUCAUCUUCUCUCAUAAAUAUGUACUCAAAUUGUUCAAAACCCGAUGAAGCUGAGAAGGCCUUCAUUGAAUCACCCUUUAAGAACCAAGUUCAUUACACUGUUAUGCUUUCCUGUUACGCCCAAAACAACCUCCCCAUGCAUGCGUUGGGUACAUGGCGUGACAUGCGAAGGUCAGGUGUGUCACCUGACCCGGCAGCCUUGGUGACGGCGCUCUCAUCCUGUGGGCCAGAUACGCUUGUCGCGCGCAUGCUGCAUGGGGUUGCUGAGCGCGCAGGCCUUUCACGAAACACCUCGGUUGCCAACACACUCAUGGGUGCUUAUUUAAAGGCAAAGGGAGCCUCUGUCGUGCUUGCUCGCCAAGUGUUUGACGAAAUGUCUCUAAGAGAUAUAGUGUCAUAUAACACCAUGAUCUCGGGCUAUGGCCAAGCUGGCUUAGCGGUUGAGGCCUUGGCUUUGGUCCAUAGGAUUCAUAGCGAGUUGAGCGAGCCAGCGAGCGCAGUGACCCUAUCGGCUGUGCUCCUGGCUUGUGCUCAAGCUGGGGCCUUACGUUUCGGGCUUUGUGUUCAUACACAAGCCUUGCACAGAGACUUUCAUGUCAAUGUAUUUGUUGGAACGGCUCUUAUUGAUAUGUACUGUAAGUGCGGGCGUGUUGAUUUGGCCAGAAAAGCAUUUGACAUGAUGGGUAUGGAGUAUAGGAAUGUGAAGACAUGGACUGCGAUGGUGGCUGGUUAUGGCAUGCAUGGAAGAAGCAAUGAGGCUUUGCAAGUCUUUAGAGAGAUGAGAGAGAAUGCGGUGGAGCCGAAUUAUAUUACUUUUGUUGGUGUUUUAUCAGCUUGCAGCCAUGUUGGGUUCAUAGAGGAGGGGUGGAGGUGGUUUAAUGCCAUGAAAAUGCAGUAUGGGAUAGAACCAGGUGUUGAGCACUAUGGAUGUAUGGUUGAUUUGUUGGGUAGAGCUGGUUUGCUUGAUCAAGCUUAUGCUCUGAUAAAAUCCAUGGCCAUGAAGCCUGAUUUCGUGGUUUGGGGUGCAUUGCUUGGAGCUUGCAAGAUCCAUAAGAAUGUCAAACUUGGUGAAAUCUCAGCAAAGAAGCUCUUUGAAUUGGACCCGAAGAACACAGGUUACUAUGUUUUGUUAUCAAACAUCUAUUCUGAGGCAGGAAGGUGGGAAGACGCAGAGAAGAUCCGGGUUUUGAUGAAGAAGAGGGGGUUGGUUAAGGCCCCUGGUUAUAGCUUGGUUGAACACCAUGGAAGAGUGCAUUUCUUUUUGGUGGGUGAUAGAGAGCACCCACAAAGUGAAGAGAUCUAUGGGUUUUUGGAGAGAUUAAUGGGGAAAUUACAAGAAGCUGGUUAUGUGGCUGAUACAAAGGAGGCUCUUCAUGAUGUAGAUGAAGAAGAAAAGGAAACAAGUUUGUGGGUUCAUAGUGAGAAGCUCGCUGUGGCUUUUGGGGUGUUGAAUAUGGGGCCUAGAGUUUUAAUCAGGGUGAUCAAGAACCUCAGGGUUUGUGUCGAUUGCCAUAAUGUGAUCAAGAUGAUUGCAAAGCUGGAGGGGAGAGAGAUUGUGGUGAGAGAUUCGAAUCGGUUCCACCAUUUUUGCAGGGAUGGAACUUGCUCAUGUGGGGACUAUUGGUGACUAGAAGGUGCGGUGCAACGGCUUGAAUUGGUUGCACCAGUACACAUUCUUACCUUCUCUUACCACUCCUACUUCAUGGGAUAAGAGGCUUCAAAUUUGUCAUCUUUACUCCAUUUGGAAGAGAGAUUCUGCCAUAUCUACAACAAAGGAGACAAUUCUUUUUCGGAAAUCUGGGGAGGAGACAGGAUUUCCUUUUUCCAUUCUUCAAUAUGGGACUAAAAAUUAACACCUUCUUUAUAUACUAAAACAUUUUAGAAAAACUAUAUGGUUAAAUUAUAUUAUUUUGAUGAGUAAUGAUCUUAUUGGACCAUGCCACACCCCAAUGGUAUGGGAACCCUGAGGAUCAUUGUUAAAUGGCAGCCUCAGCAUCGAGAUUGGGAUUGGGGUUUACCUGGCAAUUUGUUCCAAAGCAGGUUACUGGUGGCAGACACCCAGCGGCUACGAUUAAAUAAGGGAACUAUCAACGGCUAAUAUUUUACUUUUCCCAUUUCUCUCUCUCAACUCUCAAAAGUUCUUUUAAUACCCUGAUACAUGUUCUGUACCUUAUACCUCUCUCUCUCGUACCACUUUUCUCAACCCAAACCUGCCGUAGUCUAUUUCUUCUCCCAUAUCUCUCUCUCUCCUUCCUGCUUCAAACCCCAUUAUCAACCUUACCUCUCUUCCCUUCUCAAGUUCUCUAGUCUCCACUACUCUCUUUCUUUCUCUCUAGCCAUUACUGUCUCUCUCCCCUUCUCUCGUCUCCACCACACACUCUCUCUCUCACCAUUGGUGUCUCUCUCUCCAUUAGCUUCUCUCUUUGCUGGAUGUCUAAAUAGCACGAGCCAUCUCAGACAAAAGAGGAGAGUUACCAUUGAAAUCAAAUUCAUGUAUGUGGAAUCCAAUACUCAAAAUUCUAGUUUUUCUUAUUGGGCCUACAAAAAUAAUUUCUUGGUAGCAAAGUCGUGGAAAACACAGGGCUUACCCUCGUUGCCUUUUUAUUUUCUUAGCUAUGUAUAUGAUUGUUGCUGUUGUGUGACAAGGUUGCUAAGAUGUCUUGACUCUCCAUUUUUGCGCAUGUAUUUAUCAUGGUGUCUACAUUGUCGUUAAUGUUGAGCACUUGUGAGGCUCAUACGUAUACCUGGUGCUUGAUUGGGUUUCUCCUAUUAAUAGUGCACUUCACAAGUUGAUGUAAAGUGAAAGUCGUGGCAGGUACAAUCUUGUGUGUGCUUCAAAACUCAAUGUCGCUGUGCUUAUUUUAAGUGUAUUUGUUGUUCCAUUGGAUAAGAAAGUAUUAACGAUUUGCUUAUAAACAAUAA